AUGAGCCAAUACUUACAAUCCUUUCAAUUGCCAGAGGAUAAAAUUGCAAGUGUGACCGACGGGGUUUUAGCGUUCUAUCGCGACGCGCUAACAAACGCCAUAAAAUGGUAUCCCUACGAUUCCUGGGCUCAGAAUGCAUCCGAAUUCAAUUUGUACGUUGAGAAGAUGAACGAGGUGUCAAAACGUCAUCCUGAGGCUGUGGUCAAUUAUUUGGCUAGAAGCUGCUGUACUCAUUCGACGCCAAAAUUACUGACGACAGUAGCCAAGGCGAAUAACUCCAUGCCGUAUCUCUUCAACAAACUCUAUAUGGCAGCCUACCUUACGGAGAAAACAAAGAUGGGAGUUAAGGACUUGCGGAAAAGCCUAAGAAGAACGCUGGAAGAAACCGAUUGGUUGGACUGGGAGUCUCGAAAGGAGGUACUGCGUAAGGGAUCCCCAUUUUUGUCGCCCAUAAGCUCAGUCCAGAACAAUUUGCUAACCGAUCGCCUAAUCAGGGAGAUGGGCCGCCUGGAAAUAGUAGAAGAUAGUUAUCCGGCGACGUUUAUAAACCUUCAACGCCUCAUUGUCGACAUCGAUCGAUUCAGCACUCGUCACUCUAAGGAACUUUCCAAUGAAAUCCGAUCGCAGAGGGGUUUGUUGAUAGACGUUCAUCACUUGGUGAGGUUUUUGCAAGAUUACGAAGAUUACUGGCCGUCCGCCAUGAAGUUCGGCGCUUUGGGUGGUCUUCUUGGCCAGGAAAUCAUCGGCCAUAUAAACUUCUCGUUAAAGGGUGCGCAACCCAUGUUUGAGGAACGCGCCAAAAGCUUUCUGGAUCACUACAGUAAGUAUCUGAAUCUGACAAGCGAUACACUAAAGCAGCACUUGGACGAAAUCGCAUCAUUGCAAUUAGCAUUUGCGGCCUACAAAAGCCAAAAGAAUCAGCACAAUGUCACCAAGGAGAUGCCAGGACUCAACUUGUCCGCCGAUCAGCUCUUCUUUGUGAAAUACGCCCAAUCGCUUUAUUACAAUUCCAAAGGACAAAGAAACUUACAAAGGAACGCAAUUGUGGGCGCCUUAUCGAGCAGAGCGGCCUUCAACUGCCCUGUAGAUCCAGACCUGCGUCUUGCUGCCAAAACGUGUCGUCUGUUUUAG